GAGAACGGCAUUCCACCAAGGGCUAUCCAGGACAUUGUUGAGAACAACCCCGAGGAGAACGGCAUUCCACUACAAGCCAUCCCGCAUAUUGUUGAGACCAACCCCGAGGAUAAUGGCAUUCCACCCGAAGUCCUUCAGUGGACUUCGGAUUGGGCGGACACCUACACCUCGGUAUACUUCCCGCCAGUGUCGGGUCGAUUACUUGAUGAGGGCAUGAACCAACUUUCCGAUCGGGACUCUCGUGUGGGCAUUGUGGAGUGUGGCGGUGCCAAUACCAUUGGCAAACUUGUAGCCGAAGGCGACCUUGCAGAACUACCUCCACUCCCUCGUUUCUCCAACAUCCCUUUAUUCCAGUGGACAGCUAGGGGCAAGAGCAUUGUCAGCAACGCCGUGCCAAAGAAGGGCAAGCUCAGAUCCGUCCAGAAGCGACCCGCCGCCAUAACAUCCACUACUAGGAAGGAUGUCCAAUAUGUUCGUGAGAAGUGUGCUGUGGGUCCUCGUGGACAGCGCAAGGACCAAACCAAGUGGAAAAGGACGAUUCGUCAGCUGCUGCGAGCCUCCGACAAGGAGAUCAUCAAUGUCCUCAUCGCCGACAAGUUCAUCCCAAAAUGGGAGGGCAAGACUUGCCCUACCUGCUCGGAAGGCACCUUGUCCAAGCUGCGGCUCGAUCCCCGCGGUUGCUUCAGACAUCGGUGCAGUCAUCGCAAUUGCCACUCGUGGAUGAACCCCCACCAUCUACACCCACUCUUCACCGAAGGCCAAGGACCGCAGGCUCAGUCCCUCAAAAUGCAGGCCGCUCAUAUUCUAUUCAGGUUGCACAGGAUCCCCCGGAGCAAGAUCCACUUUCUUCUCGACGUCAACCAUAAGACCAUUGAGGACAUGGAGAAGAAGAUCUGCGAGCUGAGGCAGGAGUAUGUCGAGAAGAAGGAAAAGGACAUUGUGUUCGGGGAUGGGAAGUCUUGGAAGGACAUCGAGACUGAUGAUCGCGAGAGCUGUUGCGGGAUCGCAAAAUGA